AUGGACUAGUAUUUGACUCCAAGAGGAAUAGAACUCAGAAAGAAAGUUAGAAAUUUUAUGGAAUCUAUUGAGAAUGAGGUAAAAAAUUAUGCUUAUCACAUUAAUAAAAUAUAGCUGUAUCAAUAUACUAACACAACUGAGUUUCCAUUCCAUUUGGUUCCUAAAAUUCAAGAACUUGGUGUGAACGGCUUCACCAUAAAAGAUCAUGGUGGUCCAGGUUUGAAUGAAAUAGAUACUUGGGCUAUUGUAUAUGAAAUGGCUAAAAUUGAUCUUUCUGUUUCUACUUUCCUAAUGGUCCAUAACAGUAUCGGGAUGCAAGUUGUUAAUUAUCUUGGAAACGAAGGACAAAGAGCUAGGAUUCUUCCGGAUUGCUUAAAACUUAAGAAAAUAAUGUGCUUUGGAUUAACAGAGCCAGAGUAUGGAUCUGACGCUUCUAGCUUAAAAACAACUGCUAAGAAAGUAGAAGGAGGAUACUUAUUAAAUGGAUUGAAAAGAUGGAUUGGUAAUGCUACUUUUGCUGACUAUAUUGUAAUCUGGGCUAGAAAUGAAGCUGAGGGAAACAAGAUUUAAGCAUUUAUAGUCGAAAAGGGUGCUGACAUAACAUUAGAAAAUGUCUUUGUGCCAGAUAAUAAUAGACUUGAACAUGCCAAGGAUUUCAACUCAGCUAAUAGGAUUCUCGAGCAUUCAAGAGUUGGCGUGGCUUGGCUUGGUGCUGCCAGUGCUUGUGGAGCUUAUGAAGCUGCACUAAAAUAUGUACUAAAUAGGAAGCAAUUCGGAAAAUAAGUUGCCUCAUUCUAGGCCACACAGCUUAAGCUAUCUAAAAUGCUAGGCUAAUGUGAAAUGAUGGUCACCUUAUGUAUGAGAAUCACUGAAUUAGUUAAUUAAAACAAAACAACUAUUGGAUAAAUUGGAAGAGCCAAAGCUAUAUGCACCGCUUUGAGUAGAGAAGUGUGUGCUACAGCUAGAGAGCUCUGCGGAGGUAAUGGUAUCAUAAUUGAUAACAGAGUUAUGAAGAGCUUUAUGGAUAUUGAAGCCAUUUAUACCUAUGAGGGAACUUAUGAAGUCAACAUGCUAGUCUCUGGAAGAGAGAUUACUGGAGGUAUCCCUGCUUUCAAAUGA